AUGGCUACUUAUGUCACAACCAUAAUGGCCCAAUGUAUUGUUCGCAGUCUAUCGUGGCUAGCUCCUUCAUUUUACUGUAGCCACUGGACAUUGCUACAUCACACCUUCAUGGAAUCGGGGUCGCCCAACCUCGACAAGGCCGUACCCGAAACCCCAAAGACGCCAGAGAUGCGCAACGACAGCUUCGAUGCCAACAUGCCAUCAGGCGAUGUGGACUUGACGGGCAGGAAGACACGAGGCAGUAUCGCCAGUGACAGCUCAGAAGAACCCUUGGACUCUCUUGUUGGCAGUCCAACUUUGCCCUACCUCUGUUACGGUCGCAGGCGGAGCUCAUUUAUCAGCCCCUUCCAAAUAAACAAAGCUCGCUACCUCUUGAGCUUCGCCGAUGCCGAAACUGCACAGGAAUGGUGGACAUUGAUGCAAUCUGAGUAUCCCGAUACCUUGCGCGAAAGUCCCAACCUCUUCUCGUUCAAGAACGACCGUACGCCCAUCAAAGCAUGGGAGAACCCUAGGUUUGCGCAUUUGAGAGACAGGUGGUCAUAUCGCCAGACCGACGGAAAGGACGACAAAACUUCGCAUCAGCAAUUGGUAUCAUCGCAUAGACGUGUUCCAUCUGCCCGUACACCUCUGAUGCCAACAUUGAGCGAGGGUCAUGUUUUUGGAGGAUUUGAGAGACUCGAAGAUCCCUUUACCCCAGCAGGCGCAAGCAACAUGGAGUUUGCCCAGCUGAAUCUGGCCUCGGAUCACAUUCAGAAGUCUGUCAGCCAGUCGACCUUACAGCUAGAUGCGCUGCUCGAAGGUCAACAAGCCAGUGCCAGAGGCUUUCAGAAGUUGUCUGCAACGAUAGAGCGCAUGACACAGCAAAUGGAAGCGCUAGCUCGCAGACAGCAAGACCACGAGAUAGUACUGCGCGAGCUGACGGCAGCUGCCACGGCGAACAAUGCCGCCAGCGAUGUCCAGUACCGACACCAGCAAGCAGCCGCCCUACAGUCUCUCCAGUCCGUCAUUGAGGAAACCUGUUCGCGUGUACAAGAGCUCUAUCUCAAACCUCCUCCCACCCCAGGUCCCAAUCACGAAAUCUUGCAUGAAUUGCAGGAAGAGGUAUCGCAAACUUCAACACUGCUGAGAGAUCUCUACAAUCGCCCGCUACCAGAUAACGACCCUUUUCAACCAGAAGUUUUGCAAACCAUACAGAAACAGCUCUUGCAAAACACAAAGGCCAUUCGCGCAUUGACAGAUCGUCCAGAACCUGCUUCCAACACAGAAACACUUCAGAAGUUGCACAAGGAAGCAUCACAGACCACGGCUAUAUUGCGCGGAAUCACAGACCGACUAGCCGCAACAGAGGCACCAGCACCAAUAGCACCAAACACAGAUCUGCUCCAGAAGCUCCAAAAGGACAUGACUAAGAACACGACACUCCUCCAGACAAUUGCGAGCAAUCAGGAAACUUCGAGCAAACAACUCUCGACCCUCAAAUCCACUCUCGACACCACCCUCUCAAAUCAGAAACUACUCACCACGCAACUGAAGCAAACCCACGCGCUAGCAGAGACAACCCAAGCCUCGAUAUCUCAUCUUGCCUCUGCUCAAGACACCAGGUUCUCUGCCUUGGAAGUCAAAAUCGACAAGCAAAUGCAGCAAAUGAAGAAGAACUUUUCAGUGCAGCUCGAUAAACAGCAAGAAAUCUUCAAAGGCCAGCUUGACGAGAUUCUCGGAGCGGUGAAGGGGAGAAAUGUGGUUAGAAGUGCUGAGUGCGGGCAUGGAGAGGUUCUACCACCGCCAAAGAAGCUCGAUAGGAGAAUUGUUGGUUAUGUUUACGCGAAAGAGUGA